AUGCGGCGGUCCUGCAGAACCUAUACACCUCUCCUCCUCCUGCUCCCGAUAUCGGCCCUCCAGAUCGCCCCCUUCUACGAACCGUACGCCGUCCUCCUCUCCAACAACGAGUCCGUAUCCGCCGCCGCCCACCGCCACGAGCUCCGCAAGCGGGAUGGCAACUGUCCCGCAGACUUCAACUCCUGCACCACGUACCGAGACUCCGCCGGCGGCGCCUGCUGCACCGCCGGCUCCUUCUGCACGACGGACGGCGCGCAAAACAUAGCCUGCUGCCCGACGGGCGCGAGCUGUACCGGAUCCGUCACCAUCGCGACGGGCACCCCGACCGGGCCGCUCCUGGGCCUCACCACGCCGGCGGACGGGGUGGUCUUCGGCGCGAGCAAUCCGAGUCCGACGACCGCCGCCGCCGGGCCCCCCGCGACGAUCACCGACCCGGCGGCGGCGGCGGCGGCGGUGUCCUACGUGGCAAACGCCUUCUUCCCCUUCCCGUACAUCCCGCGGACGUACGCGAACAGCGCGGCCUGCCACUCGGCCUACCAGGCGUGCCAGACGAACUACGCGGCCUGCACCGCGGCGCUGGAUGGCGGUGGCGGGAGUGGCGUGGGCUUCGGGGUGACCAUCGUGGCGCCGAACGGGGGCAUCACGGCCACGGCCACGGUGCAGAACUUGGGCUUGCCGAGCGCCACGAGUAUCUGCAGCAGCUUGAGCUCGGUGGGCUGCUACAAUAUCGUGAGUGAGAACUGUGCCCAGUUUGGGACGGGGCCGCAGCUGGGGCCGGGCGCGACGGGGAAUGCGGCUGCGAGACAGAAGCCUGCAGCGAAAGGCUGCUAUGCCGUGGCGGGCAUGGUGGCAGUCGUUGGUUUGGGCAUCGCUGGACAGAUGAUUUGA